AUGGAUUUCAGCUCUCCUUUGACUCUGCUCUGCUUGCUGGUGAUAAUAACUGUUACUCAAGGCUCUGCCAUCUGGACUGGUGCGCUCAGCGGCGACUCAGCAGUCUUUUCUUUGGAAAUCCAAAGCCUGCAGAACUUCUCCAGCAUGAGCAAGGAGGAUAAGAAAUGCUCUACAACUGUCCUAAAUGAUACCUUGUUGGCCAAGUGUGGCACUUCUGCCAGUAGAUGGCUGAACUUAGAGAACGGCUCCCUGGUGCUGAGGAGUGUGGAGAAAGACGAUGAAGGAAAAUACGGAUUUGUUUUUCAGAACACUGCCAGAAAUUUUACACUGGAAGUGUUUGAGCCGACCAUUGGUAUCCAGUGCUUCCCUGAUGGAACUGCGGAGCUGUCCUGCAACGUGGCCAGCAACGAGAUCCUGGUCUUCAGGUGGCUCCUCAAUGGCACCCACCUGAAAGCCGAGGGGGCUUGCAUCAAGGAUGCUGGGAAGAAGGUUCACCUGGGCAAAACUGAGCCUGGGGAGUUUGUGUGUGAGAUUUUGAAGGGGAACAGCGUCACGAGGACCAGGCCCAUUACGCUGUCUUGCAGCUACGGAGACCUGCUGCGGUACCCGGGGUUCAUUUACAUCCUGGCAGGCUGUGCAGCGGGUGUGCUUAUCCUGCUGGUGGCUUUGCCUGCAGCCAUAUGUUGCUGCAUGAAGAAGAGGAGACACAAGUUCAUCCCAGUGCCUUCAGAGGAGGAGAAGGAUGAUGGGCUAACAAUGUCAGUGGUGUCCGGGGAGGGCACGAAGAGCUCCCUCAAUGGAGACCGCGUGGAGGCUCAGGCUGCCCAGAGUGACCGUCCUGCCAAGCCUGAUGCUGCCCAGAUUGGUCAAGGUGUUGAGCCCCAGCCAGUGGCAGAAGAAAACUUACCGGUGCAGGUAGAAGCUGAGGAAAUGCCAGAUGCUGAGGUCCUAGUUGAUAUGGAAAGCCAGGAAGAUGCCUCAGAUUGUUUCCCAGAUCCAACUGAUGACUGA